AAAGCAGCAAAGGCAGCGGCCAAAUAUCACAGUGUAUCAGACGAGGAUGAAAGCCAGCAGAACCCUUCUGGGAAGGAACCAGGGCAGCCCCACAGGCUGGCUCGUCGCAGGAAAACGGUGAAGCUGUGCCGCGCGCUGUCCGACCUGGUGGUGUACACCAGCUCCGUGGCAGCGCAGGAUAUCGUUGAUGAUGGCUCAGCAGGGACCGUGCUGUCCUUCAGUGAGACCAGAGCCCACCAGGCAGUGCAGCAGAAGGCUGAGCAGUUCAUGCUCUACAACCAGAAGCAGCUGACAAGGGUGUACCCAUCAGCUUAUCGCAUUGACUCCAGCAACUUCAACCCUGUCCCUUACUGGAAUGUUGGCUGCCAGUUAGUGGCCCUGAACUACCAGUCUGAGGGACGUGUGAUGCAGCUAAAUGAAGCGAAAUUCAGGGUCAAUGGCAACUGUGGUUAUGUCCUCAAACCUCAGCAGAUGUGCAAAGGCACAUUCAACCCCUACUCUGCUGAUCCACUCCCUGCCAGUCCCAAAAAGCAGCUUAUUCUGAAAAUCAUCAGUGGGCAGCAGCUGCCUAAGCCUCCUGACUCAAUGUUGGGGGACCGAGGAGAGAUAAUAGAUCCCUUUGUUGAGGUGGAAAUUAUUGGGUUACCUGUUGACUGCUGUAAAGAUCAGACCAGGGUGGUGGACGACAAUGGGUUUAACCCUGUUUGGGAGGAAACCCUCACCUUCACCAUCCACAUGCCUGAAAUCGCGCUGGUGAGGUUCCUGGUUUGGGACCACGACCCCAUCGGGAGAGAUUUUGUUGGGCAGAGGACUGUGGCCUUCAGCAGCCUCGUGCCUGGCUAUCGCCACGUGUACUUGGAAGGGCUGCCAGAAUCAUCCAUAUUUGUUCAUAUCAUCAUCAAUGAGACCUAUGGAAAGAGCAAGCAGCUGAUAGGGCUCCGAGGGCUGUUCCACAAGCCCCCCAAGCACGGCUGUGCCGAGGGCAGCGCACACUACGUGCGGAAGCGAUCGCUGGGCGAGCGACUCCUGCGGCGCACGGCCAGCGCCCCGGCCAAGGGCAGGAAGAAGAGCAAGAUGGGAUUCCUGGAAGCUGCUGACAUCCAGGACAGUGCAUCCGAGCCAGCAGACCUGAAGGACAAAGAAGGAGUGGUUCGGCGUCCGAACCGGAGCCUGCAGGCGCGUCCUGCCUCCAUGCCCGUGGACAAGUACCUUCUGGUCGGAGUGCCCUGCCCAGCAGAGGAGGCUGCCCAGGAUGCCACAGGGAAGGAGAACUCAGCAGCCAACAGUGAUGACAAUGCCACCGAGAAGGAAACCAGCUUGAAAGGAUCUGGUUAUUCAUGUUUGGAGCAAAUGGCAAACACGUCAAAUUUGGGAUCUCAGUUGAAGAAGGAGAAUGAGCAGAAGGAUUCUACAGCUGACUCCUUGGUACCAUCUCCACAGGAGCAACCCGAACACUUGGGUUUUGCCAGUGGUGUAGCUGAAACCAAUCACCUCACAGACUGUCAGGAAGAUGAUGUCCCUGAUGAAACUGUCUCACUAAUGCAGGACUCUGAGUUCUGCCCAGAAAAACCGUACCACAACUGUGCAGGCAAUACAAAGGAAGGUGACACAGAAGGGUCUAAGGAGAGGAAAAUCACUCUUGCAGGCACUUCCCUUUCUCAAAAAGCAGAGAUGGAGCAUCACAGAUAUGACAUCACCAAGAAAAGCACUGCAGCACCUCUUUCUGUCUCUGAUACUACUUCUCCUAUUCGCCCUGAGGGCCCUGACCCACACUCCCCUCUGGCCAUGCAGGACAGUGACAUUUCUCGCCUCAUCGAGGAGGUUUCUUUAGCGACAGAGAGCGAAAUGGACAGUGCUGUGUCUGCCCUCAUCAGGCAGGUCGAUGUCACAGGUGACCAAACCAGCCUGAACCCUGUCUCCAGCCCCCAUGGUGUGAUUGCACACCCACAGGUGCUCAGUGCAGAGCUGAGCAACCCCUGCAAGCACAACCUCACUCCCACCAAACCUCCUUUAUCCUCCACUCCAGAUACAACCGUGUUCUCCAGCCCUGAAGCUGCAGAGUAUUCCACAUACACCAUCAUCCACGAGGCAACCCUCACACCAGCUCCUGAAUGUAAGACCCACAGGGAAUUGGUUUGCAAGCAAAAAUUAAGUAGUCUAGAAAAUAAUUUCCCUAGCUCACCUUGUUCUUCACCUCUCUCUCUGCUGAAUAUUAAUCCCAAAAGAAAUGGUGGAGCAAAACCUGGACCAAACUGGGAAGCCCCUGAGUCUGGCAGUUCUUUUGGUUCCAAUAACCUCAUCUUUGAGGAGAUGCUGGUUGACCCUCUUGCUGGUGAGAACUCGGAGAGCAGCAGCCUCGUGGAGGUCGAUGGGGACCCUCAGGAUGUCCUGGGAUCUGCCUGUGUGUACAGAAGGGAAGACAUGAGCCAGCUGACUUCUCCUCUAAGACCGAGGCAAAAGCAGGACACUGGGCAUGGUGCUGAGAGGACCUCUGGGAACAGCACACCUGUUGGGCUCUGUGCUGCUGGCCAGGACUGCUCAGAGAACUUCAGGACUGCAGGGAGUCAGCUCCCUUAUUCCAUGGGUGAAAACACUGGGUUUUUGUGUCAUCAGCAUUCAGAUAAGCAGAAAAAAGUAGUGUGUGCUCCAGAGAGGUCCCAGCUUGGCACAGCCCCUGUGGUGCUCCCCAGUGCUUUCCCCCCUCACCCAGCCAUCCAGCAGCACAGCCCAUGCAAGUCCAAGAGCCUGGGGGACUUGACAUCAGAGGACAUUUCCUGCAAUUUCGAGAGUAAGUACCAGUACAUCAGCAGGAGCUUCAUCUCCUCAGGCAUGAGGGACAAGAAACUGGCUGCACUGAGGAGCAUGAGGCCCCACUCCACGGAUGCUCUGACGGAGCAGCUGAGGAAGUUGGUGUCCUUGGACCAGGAGGACAACAGGCAAACCCUCUGCUCCAGGCAGAUUGAUGAGGACUGCCCCAAGGCACUGGUGAGAAAACUGUCCUCCAGGAGCCAGAGCAGGGUGAGGAACAUCGCCAGCCGCGCCAAGGAGCGGCAGGAGGCUGCCAGCAAGCAGAAACCCUCCAACCCCAGCAGCAUCACUGGGGUGGUGCUCCGGAACAAGCCCUCAGCCUCUCCUCACAUCAUCAACAGGCACUCCACGGGCUCCUACAUAGCCAGGUACCUGGACAGCUUCCCUGGGGAUGACAUGGAGGGCAGAGGCAUCCCAGAAGGUGCCUGUGCCGCUCUGCACUAUGGCUGUGCCGACAGGUUCUACGCGCACGACUCUGUGCUGCAGCCCAGCACUGAGGACCAGCCUGAAAUCUAU